CAGAGAGAGAAAGAGAAAACCUUAUAAAGCCCAGUAGAGUAGAAUUUUUCAUCAAAAUCUUAUCUGUAGUUUUCUUAUCCCAUAAGCUCUCUAUCUAAUAGUAUGGUGAAGCUAGCAUCGGCACGAGAAAGCCGAAUGUACGGACCCCGGCUGGCCCGAAGCCGGUUGGAGUACAUAAACGCGGGCCUAUACGUGUUCGCCACCAUUGUGCUUCUCGGUGGGUUUGCGGCUCAGUUCUCAAAGGAGCCCAAGUCCGGUCUUGUUCUUUUGCUCAUAGGCUUGGCGCUUAUUGUAAUGGUUAAUGUUCAUGACCUUGUGGCGCACCUUGCCGGGGUCGAUUACCGCCUGCAAAUGAUGGGGUUCGACCCGCAGCUCGCGCUCGUGGAGGUUGCUGUUCCGGUGGUUCAGGUUCUGGGAUCGCUUCUUUUCUUCUUGGGGAUUCUCUUUCUUUUUAUUCAGGAAGAGAAAGGAUAUGGUUACUUCAAAUUGGAAAAGUAUGGUAUGAACAUGCUCAUUGCUGGCUCUGUUUUAUGGAUGGUUGGAUCGAUCCACAACUCGUGCCAAAUCUAUGAGAGAGCUGGUGGGCAUAUCCAAAUCUUGCAGCACGGUGUUCUCAUCCCGUUUCUGAUGGGAAGUUUGUUGUUCGUGGUGGGUGCAAUUCUCAACAGUCGCGAGCAAUCUGGGUGGAUCCAUCAUGGACUGGAGCUACUAGGCAUGACUUGGAUCUGGCUGGGGAUUUUUGGGAGCCUGUUCUUCUUUGUUGGGGGAUUAGCAAAUGUAGUUAAGGUGUACACGAUGCAGCAAAUUGAAGGACUAAGGCUGGAGAAGCUGCGGGGAGGGGCACAAGAGCGACUGAGCCAAGAAAGGGAAGGCCAGGUCCCCCUCAUCAUUGAAGAGCACAGGAUCAGAAGAAGGCAAGCCGAGGAAGCAAAAGUGGUUCCUGGUCCAACACCAUAUAAGGAUGUCCUUGUUGGUCAGAGUUAAAUGCAUGUACUUAUUUGUCUUAAUUGUAACAACCUCUUUGGUUAUUUGAUUCACCCUCCAUUUCUUAGCCUUGCCUAGAGUUAUACGGUAGAAUUAGCAGUUUGAUCAUGUUUUGUUUCCUAUUUAUCUGGAGGACAUAAUCUGAAUAUCUAAUUUGGAUUACAUUUCUCUUAGGCCUUCAUUUUUGGCUCUAUUACCUCCAUGUGUAUGUUAAAUUUGACGUGUGGCCGGUUGAGUAGAUCUUGUAUCAUUACUCUUUUUCUACUCUUCACAUUUAUUUAUCAUAUUCAUUUUAUA